UCUGGGUCUGUGAACUUCAGCGUGACUUCAACGACAUACACAGGGGUUAAAAACAACUCUUUCCAAACUUUCAACUGUAUUAAUGUUGCGCAAAUACUACUCAGGAAUAUCAAGCCCGAUAUGUUUGGCUUAUGUUUCUGAUUAAUGCCAUAUGCCACAUUGGUUUAAGGAACAGGAUUAAUGUACUAUUUCUUUUUUUAUUGCCUUCACUGGCUGUGAAAUUGUAUAUUGGCCAGAUUAAAGCUCCCCGGUAUUGAAUCGAUGUGCCGUUGUUUUUUUUUUUUUUUUAAAGAUUGCACAGCCGAUUCACGAUUUUGACUUUACUCAGUGAAUAUUACAAAAAAAGAAUCUCUUACUUCUAACUACCCCAAAGGCAAAGAAAUAAGAGACACGACAUAGCUGCGUGUGGUAAUGAUCACCGUAGGUAGCAUAAUGUCCGGGGCUCAGGGCUAGCCAGCAUGUCAGGUAUUAACAGAGCGAGCGUGAUUAAAUGUGGGAGGUAGGAGCUGUGAGGCUGGCGGAGAGCGCUGCUGCCGCUGCGAGCUGGAAACUACUGAAUGGGAAUCUAUCCGGCAACUUCACCAGACCGCUGUCUCACGGCGACACGGGGGCUCUGCGUAAAACCAAGCGGCGCGUCUCCAAGUCUGGGUCAGCCCCGCUCACAGACGGAGAGGACGCUCAAGUUGGAUCGGACGAGCAGCUUUUCACUUGUUACCGGCGCUCGGCUCCCUCUAACAUGCCUGCCAUCAAAAAGGAGAGGCUGGAUGGAGACGAUAUGGCAUUGACUGCGUUCAACCAGUCCGAAUACCUGGCCCCUUUAAAUGCCACCGCGAUCCCCGUGGUGACCCCGCAUCCGCCGCCCUACGACCAUAUUUUCGCCCAUCACCGCGCGUACUUGGGGCUCCACGACUCGGCGCUGCAUCACCAGCACCUCCACCAUCACACGGACGACUUAAUGCUGGAGAGGUUCUCCUCCAUCCCCGACUUUCAGCCCUUCUUCGACAACGGGGAGCCGUGCAUCGAGGUGGAGUGCGGCGAAAACAAGGCUUUGCUUUAUAUCAAUAAAUUGUGUCAAGGCAGUAAGGGACCCUCAAUUAAAUACAGGGGCGAGUGGCUUACCCCCAAUGAGUUCCAGUUUGUCAGUGGACGAGAGACUGCCAAAGAUUGGAAACGGAGUAUAAGACACAAAGGGAAAAGUCUCAAGACUCUUAUGUCCAAAGGAAUCUUACAGGUGCACCCUCCAAUCUGUGAUUGUCCUGGUUGUCGAAUUUCAUCUCCAGUGAACCGUGGGCGCUUGGCUGAGAAACGUACCAUCCCCCUGCCUCCCAACCGGGUGCCCAAGAAGGAGCUGGCCUCCAUCUUCAGCAGUGACGACAGUGAAGGCAGUGAGCGGGCCAGUGGGGAUCAUGCCCACAUCAAGCAGGAGGACGAGUUGCAUUACAGUAUCAUGAGAAAGAGUCGUGACAGUGACCUCUCUACAAUCAUCUCCAACCUGCACCACACCAGACAGCACGGCAUGCCCGAGGGCCAGUCAGCCUCUGACCACAACUCCAGCACUGGACACACAGAUGACCUUCUAGGCAAGAGGAGAAGCUUCUCUCCCAACAGCAGCAGCGAGUGUCCCUCUGACAGCAAGAAGUCACGUAGCGUAUCCCCCAAAGAGAACUCCCAGAGCCCGGUGGUGGAGGCAGGCGGCAGCCACGGCCACAUGAGCCCUGAGGAGCACUACAGGCGCAUGAUGUCAGCGCUCAGCGAGCAAGGGUCCUACGAGGAGCAACAACAACGGCUCUACCAGCUGGCGAGCAGCAUGGGUCUGCCUGGUCACGAAAUGCUGCGUGCUCGCCAGGAGGCGUUGGCUGCAGCCGUGAGGAAUCCAGCGGCCUUAGAAGCUCACCUGCCCUCGGCGGGGAGCUCCUCUUCGUCCAGCCAAAGACGCAAGCAGGGUCUGCCGCAGCACCGGGAUGCACAUUACACCGACAGAGAACUGUCCCACCCUCCUCCCCUACUGUCCCCUCCAACUGCCCCUCACAUCGCCUUAGGACCUCACCUGCGGCCUCCUUUCCUGGGCAUGCCCUCAGCUCUUUGCCAGGCCCCUGGUUAUAGUUUCCUCCAACCAGCUCAAGCCGAGAUCUUUGCUCGGCAACAGGAGAUGUUGAGGAAGCAGAAUCUGGCCAGACUUGAGAUGUCGGCAGAGCUGCUGAGACAGAAAGAAUUGGAAAGUCUCCACCAGCGACAGCAGCAGCGUCUUCUGGGCUCUGACCAUCUGGGAGCUCUACCUCCUGGUCUUCCCCCCGACCAUCCAGCCCUGCGGAGCCUCCAUGACAUCCCAGAGGGUCACCCACUCCGUGAGGAACUGGCCCGCCGCUCAAAUGCAAUGCUGGUGCUUCGCCAUGGGGCUGCCACACCCCUCCUAACCCUCAACCACCACCACCACCACCAGCAGCAACAACCAGGGGUGUCCUCCACACCCAAAGACACCCAGGCACAGAGCUCCACUGCUGGGCCAGAUGUUGACUCCAGGAAGGCCCCCCGAAGGGGACCCCAGACACUGCUCCGUGCUGGGGAUCACACAGGAGGGAGAGAGGAUCGAGGGAGAGAGGAAGACAGGGAGGUGCAGGAUGAGGAGAUGAAGGACUCGGACAGUGAGACAGAGAUGUGUGAGGAGAGGCAGGACAGUGUCAGUGCCAAGUCCAGCAGUAAACCCAGGGACAGGGAGAGAGACAGGGGUAAAGAGACUGGCAGCAAGGGAACAUGUGACAGUGCCAAGGAGACUGGAGAGAGCUCAGGCAGACUGAGCCCCCCUGGUAGUUCAGCAGGCACCGACUCACCCAGUCGCCACCUUUUCACCCCUGGACUGGGCAAGGCUGAAGUCAAGUACCACCUGCCACCUGGGUUCAUGCCCCCGUUGCCCGCUCUUCACGCCCAGUCGUUGCCCUUUGGAUUCCCCUAUGCCAAUCCCUACUUUCAUACGGGCUCUAUGGGAGGUCUUUUCAUGGAUGGGGAGGACUCAGCGACAACAAACCCUGUGGAGGACAUCAGCAAGUGGAGUGUGGAGGACGUGUGUGGCUUCAUAAGCAGCCUGACUGGAUGUGCUGAAUACACACAGGUGUUUCGGGAGCAGGCCAUUGAUGGAGAGACAUUACCGCUGCUCACUGAGGAGCACCUGCUCAGCACCAUGGGACUAAAGCUGGGGCCUGCGCUCAAGAUCCGCUCACAGGUGGCGCGCCGUGUUGGCAGGCUUUUCUACAUGACUGGAUUCCCGCUGGCGUUCCCGUUUCCGCCUUCUGCCGCGCUACGCCCCCCAGAACGGGAUCGGGACCCCCUGACCACGCCAUCUGACACCCCCCUGCCUCUCUCCCUGUCCCUGCCCCACAGACGCACCUCCACCAGCAGCAGCUCCUCUCCGUAUAGCGGCCCCACCCCAGGGUGCUCCUCCCCCAAGCAGGAAAACGGUAACGGCUCCACGGUGGUGGGAAGAUACGAGGCCAAGACUCCUUCGUAGGAGAGGACGGGCAGGGGCGAGGAGGGCAGACCUGCCUCAAACUAACCUGACCCAGAGAGAUUGACUCCCAAGCCCCAUUAACCAGACUCCCUCCACCUCUGGACCUUUACGCUGAAAUUAAUGGGAAAAUAUUGGACUGAAAUAAAAGACGAUAUGGACCGUAUCCGACAAACCAAUCAGCUUCUGAGUUCCUCGGCAGUGGCUGUAGCCGAGCAGAAUCCAAACAAACUGGGUUGGAAGGGAGACACGUGAAGCGACAGAGGAACAGAGAAAGAGAAAACUGAGGAAAAGGAGACAGCUGGUCACAGACAGCCUGCCAAAAAAAAAAAAAGGAGCGAAGCCCUGCCACAAAUGCGACAUUCUUGCAAGUCAGACAGUCAGACGCUAGCGGAAACUCUUCCUUCCUUCCUGGGCUGGAGGAAGCUCUGCUCACUCGCUUUCUUUCUCUUGUCUCUAUCUCUCUGACUGCUCUCACCACAAGCCCUACAGAACCCAGGAAUUAAAAAGAGACGCCUCACCCCUUUUUUCUCUCCCUCCCUUCCCUCCCUUCUUUCCUUCUCCUCGCCUGUUUCCCCGAGGCCAAACAGCAGCGUGGAGCUGUCUUUAUAGAGGCUGGAGUUGAAACAUAUGCUGAGCAGCACCACAUCUGACCAGCUCCCUCUUAUCACUGCAACUAUGCAUUCCACUGUCCCGAUACCAAAGAUGACCGGAUGUGUGGAAUUGAAACCAUGUUUCACAAUGUGUCUGCUUCUUUUUGCAUUAAUGGUCUCAGAGAAAGACUGGUCCAACAGGGAAAUGCUAGGGUAGUGCCUCACGUGAUGGUCUGUAUUUGAGGUGACACAGGCAGAGCUGUCAUUUACUGACAUACUAAUGCUUACAAAUGUUGGUGAAAUGGAGAAGCCUCAAUGGUGUGUGCGGCUUACGUCAUUGUACGCUUGUGUUGACUACUGUGGGAGGUAGGAAAAACAUGCAAAAUUGUACAGAAUCAUGCUUAAGAUGAAAAUAUUCUGAAGGUUACAUACGUGGUACUUUUACUUUUUGUUAAAUGUAGUUGCACGAAUAAGGUUUUCUUUACUGAAAAAUGUGACUUGCUGAACUUUGGUGGUACUUCUGUUCAUACUGUUUUGUUCUGCCAUUUUUUUUUAAAAAGUGUAAUAUUAAAAGACGCUCCAAUCUUGAAUGCUACUUCAGCAUAUAAAUAUGAGGAAAAAAAUAUUUAUAGGACUUUUGAUGUAGUAGAUAAAGCAGAUUAUGAUAUGUAUUAUAAUUAGCCCUUAAGAUGGAUUCCAAAGAUACUUUAACUUUGUUUUCUCUUGGUUGCAGGGAAAAGAAAGGCACAAAGCUCUUAAUGCAAAUGUUUUGAAUUUGUUAUGGAUUUUUUUUUAACUACGCAAGCAAUGAAUUAAAAAUGGUCUCUAGAUUUCCCUUCAAAAGUUUUGUCUUCAUCCUAUUUUUCUAUUCACCACACAGGUGAAAUAAAUCCUAAAGAAAUUCCUCUG